AUGAAACAAAGGCACAAAAAGGAUGGCUCACCAAUGCGAAAAGCUGCAACUGGUUCAACACGACUUGUAAGAAAGGAACAGUUGGUUAGCCGUACUCUCGGCUCUAAUUCUCAUGGCUCGCGUCCCACAGGCCCCUAUGUAAGAGAUAAAUGCGAGCGUGAUCGGGAUCAUGCACGCAAGUACGAAACAAACACGAAAUGGUCCGUUUGUCUUCCGGGAAACGGAUUCCUUGAUUCCGGCACAUAUGAAGAAAUCAGUAGCAAUAGCGAGGAUGGAAUUCUCGCCUCGGGGUCUCCAGUUGCUUCUGCGGCUGAUGCUCACCAUACACCUUCGCCAACUUCUACCAACCUACCAUCUACUUGUCAAUACCAACAUCAUCGCCGAAACUCUGUUUCGUCUGCCUCCUCUUCUACUUGUUCAUCCACUGAUUAUGUCAAGCGCCCUACUGCUACCGAGACACAGCCUCGUUUCCGUGGCCCUCGUACCCCUUCUACGCCUCCAGAAUCGCUUAACUCGGGGGAGGCAGCUUCACUUGAUAAAUCUGCUGCAAAGCCAGCUGGGCAUGGCGACAUUAGUGACCCUAAUUGCGGUAACACAAUUGACCGUCGCCGACAUAUUCGACGUAUGAAGUCUAUCUCUUCUUCUUCUUCUUCUUCCUCUUCUUCUUCCUCUUCUUCUUCUUCUUCUUCUUUUUCAUCCACCUCUUCUUCCUCCGCCUCCUCUUCAUCAUCUCAUCUCCAUACCCGUAAGAAUCCCAGAAAAAGAUCUCCACCUCACCCAAAUCAUUAUAAUUGCCGUCGUGUUUGUAACUCUGCAGGCCGUCGGGGCUUAACUUCAUCUUCUUCAGCUGCGAGUCGGCGUUCUCUUUCACGCCAUGCCAAAAAAUAUAAAAAAGUUCUACCCUUUUCGUCUCACUCUCCUCCAUCCUUAAUCCAUUCAGCGAUCCGUCGUCUCCCCAAAGACUCAAGAAAUAGAUACAAUCAUGCACGUGACACUCGCCCAUCAGGCGUCGAACUUAGACGUAUAGACAGACGUUCUCACUGCAAGCCGCUUGUUUCAUCGGUACAGAAACGUCGAAGAUCGUCGGAUUUUCCUGUUGCUUCCUCGAAUCCUGCUGCUUAUACUAAAGAGCUCAAACGACAGCAUAUAAAAAAGCCACUUUCUCCCAGGGUUGGCCAAGUUUCUGGCUCGAGAAUUAAUAAUGACGCACGAGCCGAAAUGAAGGAGGGAAAACAGCGUUAUCUACCCGCUGCAUAUGCCAAUCCUGUUUCUGCUUCUGGCCCGACAAAUGUAACUCGCCCUAAUCCAAAUUCAAUGCGCAGGCCUGCCCCUUCGGAGACCUCAGAUACUUCUAAAACUUCUGUUUCCCGUUCUUCGUCUUCAUCUUCAUCCUCAUCAACUUCCUCAUAUUAUUCGCCUAGGGCUCCACAUAAAAACAAAUCUUCAUCUUCUCCAGCUCGUAGUCCACAUACUUCUGCCUCUUAUUCUCGUCGCCAACGUUUCUUAGGCAAUCGUAGUUUGCGCCGGCGUGGUGUUUCCGUAUCCAAUGCUUCUUUCGUAUCAUGUUCUUCUUCCCGCUCUGCCGACUCUAUACGAAUCGGUCCUAAGAGUUCACAUUCCUCUUCCUACACUGGCAGGCAAAUGACUUCUUCGGCUGCCUCUUCUUCUAGCUCUUCUCCCUUGAGAGCAAUUCGGCGUCGUCGGCGUCAGCUAGCCAGGAAACGAUACCAUCGCCGCGCCUCAUCUUCAAGUCUCACUUAUUCUUGUUCCUCCUCCCUUUCCUCUACAACCUCUUCUAUUUCAUCCCAUCGUCGCCGCCGAGCUCCCCGACAAAAUGCUCCUGGUUCGCCUCGAAGAAAGCCUCGAUUGCGUGCUACGGGUGAGUCAGGCCGUAGCCAUCUGACGGAACCGCGAAAACCCCUAGCACUGAAACAGCAAGAAGAGGCCGAGCAACAAGCUGCUUCCUCUGGCGUCGUUGCUUCCUCAGGCACGCAUGAAGAUGCAUUUAAUAUGGGUUCCAUCAAAACACGACGCUCUUCAGCUAAGCCGUCUGGGUCAAGUGAUCAGCCACAACAUGGAGAGCUGAGUGGGCGAAAUGCUCGGCCACAAAAACGCCGCCAGCUCCGCAAACGCCCUCUUACUUCGUCUCAAGAGUGUUUACUCCCUGAGGCUGAGGCAGAUGACGAGCACGCCGACUUUGAAUCAAUGGCACAAGUGGGUCCUUGCAGGCGCCCAAAUGAAUGUGGGCGAUCAGGAUGCAAAUCUACUGCGUCCAUCAAUCCAGCGAAACGAGCUGGGCGCCAAAAUACGAGAAUCGCAGACAAUAAAAAGGAGCCUUCAUCUCAACAAGUUUCCCGAGUCCAACGUGGCCAACGCGUCAAGCCGACAUCAAGACGUGCUUCCUCUGGUCAACGCGGUCGUCAACGCAGUCGUUCUCGACGAGCAGCCUCUAGGAAGCCCUGCCAAAAGGCAGCCGGUGAUAAUACAGCAUUGGGAGGCAAUGACCGCGAUUCACGAAAUCGCACAGGUCGCUAUUGUCGCAAACCAGAGCGGACUCAUGACUUAGAUCGAGAUCGUGGUCGAGAUCGAGAUCGGCAUGCUGAAUUCGAUAGGAAUCGAGAUCAAGACAGAACUCGGAACCGAGAGCGUGAUCGUGAUCGAAAGCCUCCCAGAGGUAGUGGCCGACGUCAACCCAGUGAUGACACCAUUAGACGACGUCGUUCUCCUGUGCCUUCAAGUCGAGCGGACAGUGUGAACCGACGCCGACCAAAACGUCGCCAUGGUCGUCGAUCAUCUCGUUCGUCUUCCUCUUCUCUAUCCUCUUCUUCUCAGCGGCCUGGUCGUGCUGUUGCUUCAGUUCGCUCUCAAGUUGGUCAGCAAACUACUCGGGAUCGAUCUGAAUCAGAGCCGAUUGCAUCCAAAAGGAGGGAACAAGUCAAUUUAGAUAAGCGUCGUCACCGCCGGGCUGAAGGGCCGCAACGCCAACAACCUGAAAGCAAGCGUUCCGGCGCCAUCAAGAUUCGGCCUCGUCCUGGGAUGGCCUCUCCAGAGAGUAGUGACAGUGGGCAGUUGAUUGUGCUCGAUUCUGCUAGAGCUAGGUGA